CACUCAGGAGGGAAGCAGCACGACUUAUUAGAAGAUUUAAAUCUUUUUUCUGAUUUAGUUAAGUGUGGUUAACUGUACAAGAUGCAUUGCUUGAGCAGGACACCUAGGUCAUAUCUGGUGAACUCGUACAGUGAUUUCCAGGAGACCGAUGAGAUUGCAAGAGAAUCGUAUGAGGCCACCUGGUUAGACAUGUUGAUAGAGACGAGACCAGAAUACAAGAUGACACUCUUCGAGAAAGACUCAGUGCGACAGGAGAGCUACAAAAAAAAGCAGGUGGUUCAUUUUGCAGUGCAAAGGUUUCCAAACCAGACGAUUUGCAUGGGAAGAGAGGGAGAACCAAUGCAGGAAUAUCAUUUACCUUACAAGAACAUUCUCCCAAUACCAAUAUUUGUGCCCAGAGACAUCUCACAGCCUGAUGUGACCCGCGAGCCUUCUCCUUCUAGAUUAAAAUCUGUAAUGGACUCUGAGAUAAGGCUAAGUGGAAUUUGCCCACAGAAAAGAGAGGUCUCGUCCAUCACCCAACAUAAGCCAAUGGUAAUCCAACCUAGAAGUCCAGACUUCAGAGCCUCUAGCCUCAUCUCUCCACCAAGAGAGACGCUGAUCGGCUUCCAACGAAGAGAGUGAUGAGCUGAUGAAAGCUGUCUGCCGUCAUGGACAUGGAUACAAUGACGACAGGUUUAGACUUUAAUGCAAGACUGAUGUCUCUGAUGGACAUACAACCACUUUCAAACCAGUCAAACUACAGUUCCUGGAAAUAGAUUAUAUAGUUUGGAUAGUGUUGAUAAUACAUCAGUACCAAUCUUAUACACAUUAUAAAU